CAGCAGCGGCUCCAGGACGAGCACACUAGCAGUAAUCCACUUUCCACGGCGCUUCACCUUCCUCUGUUCCGUCUACAUCCCUCAGACAUGGAUCUGGAGGUGCUAACGUACGCGGCGCUCUCGCUUUCCAUCCUCCACGCGUUUGCGCUCUAGCUGUGCGCUCCCGGCCCGUGGCUCGUCCCGCUGCUGACCACAAGGAGACUGUUUUUUUUUGUUUUUUUUGAGACAUCACUGUGUAGCAGCAGAGACGGGGGACAGUAGAUAACUGAGCAGCAGCAGAAGAGGGACCACACAGUCGUGACAGCAGAGGCCGUUUCAGGAUAUUCGGGGCAAGUGAGAGCUGAGCUUUUUGUGUCCUCCAUCAUGGCGAGUGACUCUCCAGCGCGGAGUCUGGAUGAAAUCGACCUGUCCGCUUUGAGGGAUCCUGCUGGCAUCUUUGAGCUGGUUGAGCUGGUGGGAAAUGGCACCUAUGGGCAGGUGUACAAGGGUCGCCAUGUUAAGACGGGGCAGCUGGCAGCCAUCAAGGUCAUGGAUGUCACCGGGGAUGAGGAAGAGGAGAUCAAAGCAGAAAUCAACAUGCUGAAGAAGUACAGUCACCAUCGGAACAUCGCCACCUACUACGGAGCUUUCAUCAAGAAAAACCCCCCUGGCAUAGACGACCAGCUAUGGCUGGUCAUGGAGUUCUGCGGAGCCGGCUCGGUGACAGACUUGAUCAAGAACACCAAGGGCAACUCUCUGAAAGAGGAGUGGACCGCUUACAUCUGCCGAGAGAUUCUCAGGGGUCUGACUCAUCUCCAUCAGCACAAGGUCAUCCACAGAGACAUCAAGGGACAGAACGUCCUGCUGACUGAGAACGCAGAGGUCAAACUAGUGGACUUUGGUGUUUCAGCCCAGCUGGACAGAACGGUAGGACGGAGGAACACGUUUAUCGGGACGCCAUAUUGGAUGGCACCAGAGGUUAUCGCCUGUGACGAGAACCCCGACGCCACGUACGACUUCAAGAGUGAUUUAUGGUCGCUGGGAAUCACAGCAAUAGAGAUGGCGGAAGGAGCGCCACCGCUGUGUGACAUGCACCCAAUGAGAGCCCUCUUCCUCAUCCCGCGCAACCCUGCACCGAGACUCAAGUCAAAGAAGUGGUCGAAGAAGUUCCAGUCGUUCAUAGAGAGCUGUCUGGUGAAGAGCCACAGCCAGAGACCCAGCACGGAGCAGCUCCUCAAACACCCGUUCAUCAGGGACCUGCCCAACGAGAGGCAGAUCCGCAUCCAGCUGAAGGACCACAUCGACCGCACAAAGAAGAAGAGGGGAGAGAGAGAUGAGACAGAAUAUGAGUACAGUGGCAGCGAAGAGGAGGAUGAAGAAAGAGACAUGGGUGAACCAAGCUCCAUCAUCAACAUCCCCGGAGAGUCGACCCUGAGGCGGGACUUCCUGCGCCUCCAGCUGGCCAAUAAGGAGCGUUCGGAAGCACAGCGGCGGCAGCAGCUGGAGCAGCAGCAGAACGAGGAGCACAAGCGCUUACUGUUGGCUGAGAGACAGAAACGCAUCGAGGAGCAGAAGGAGCAGAGGAGGCGGCUGGAGGAGCAGCAGCAGCGAGAGCGCGAGCUGAGGAAACAGCAUGAGAGGGAACAGAGGAGGCGCUACGAGGAAAUGGAGCAGCUCCGCAGAGAGGAGGAGAGGAGGCAUGCAGAGAGAGAACAGGAGUAUAUCCGUAGACAGCUGGAGGAGGAACAGAGGCAGUUAGAGAUUCUCCAGCAGCAGCUACUACAGGAACAGGCAUUACUGCUGGAGUACAAGCGUAAGCAGGUAGAGGAGCAGCGGCAGGCGGAGCGGCUCCAGAGGCAGCUCCAGCAGGAGAGAGCCUACCUGGUGUCUCUACAACAGCAGCAGCAGCAGCAACAGCAGCAGCAGCAGCAGGAGGGGAGGCAAGCAGAGAAGAAACAGCUUUACCACUACAAAGAUAUCAUCAAUCCUAAUGACAAACCUGCCUGGGCCAAGGACGUCCUGAAGCAGCAGCAUGUUCAGGGUAACUCGCCCCGCUCCCAACUACGACAUCAUCAGUCAUUCAACCAACCGGCUUCAUCCCCUGGCUCUCAUGGCCAACACAGAGCUCAAGCCCCUAGACGAACCCCAUCCCAUGGUGCCCAGCUCCUCUCCACCCACCUCCCCCAUAUCCGAAUCUCACUAGAUCCCGGAGAACCCCUAGAUCCAGGGCUGAAACAAGAGAUAAGUCAGCAGGUCAGAGAGUUCAGGGCUCAGAAACUCAGUCAGAGGGGCCGCAGCCCAGGGCCCAUCCAGGAGCACGGCCAAGGGCCCAAAGGACCUAGUAAGAGUCAAAAAGAGCAUCCCAGUCAAGGGCCAGUCAGCCAGCCUAUUGCAGUACCAAUCCCUUAUCCUAUGGGGGCUAACAAUCAGAAAGAGAAGCCAAGAGAAAGGCCUCUCUCUGCUCCGAGUCAGGCAGCCAUCCAGGGGCUAAUGUGUCCGGACCAACAGCUUAAAGCCCUCCAACCUCAUCCUCAGUCCCCAGGACAGGUCCAGAGACCCCAGUCUGGAUCUAACCUUGUUCCCAUCCCUGCAGUGAAACUGGUGGAGGAACGAUCUAAGCUGAACAGACAGAGCUCCCCAGCGCUGCAGCACAAAGUGUCCAACCGCAUCUCUGACCCCUCCCUCCCUCCCCGCUCCGAGUCCUUCAGCAGCGGGGGCAUGCAGCCCGCCCGCACCCCACCCAUCCACCGCUCCAUCGAACCACAGAUGGCCCACCUGGUCCCAGUGAAGACUCACUCCGGCUCCAUGUCCGGCUCCCAGUCUCUGCAGGACCAGACGGGCUCAGCUCUCAGCGAGGGCGUCAGCGUGAGCUCCCCAAGGCCCGAGAUGCCCCGCCAGAACUCCGACCCCACUUCUGACACCCCCGGUGCCCCGCUGCGCAUCACAGGCAGGGAGGAACGGGAUCGGGAUCGGGACAGAGAGAGGGAUCGGGACAGGACCGCAUGGCUGAGAGAGGAGGACAUCCCACCCAAGGUCGGAGAAUCACUAUCAGAACGGAAGACUGUCAAUCCAGGGUGUCUGCAGGUCCCCCAGAGGACCACUUCCAUCUCCCCAGCCUUGGUCAGGAAGAACUCCCCCAAUGGAGGAGUGGGUCUGGGCCCCCGCACAGGUUCUCAACUCAUACGGGCCAGUAACCCAGACCUGCGGCGCUCAGAGCUCUCUCUGGACGCCAUGCUGCAGAGAACUUCCUCCAACUCGUCAUCCUCCUCCUCCCCUUCAUCUCAGGGAGGCUCAGCCGAGAGGAGAGGUCAAGCCAAGCAGGAAGGAUCCCCUCCAGGAGCCAAUCAGGAGGCAAAGCCCAAACAGGAGGAGGGCCGUGAAUCUGCCAGACCCAGCAGACCUGCAGACCUAAGUGCUUUGGCCAAGGAACUCAGAGAGUUGAGGGUGGAGGAGGGCAGCAGACCUCCAGUCAAGGUGACAGACUACUCGUCCUCCAGUGAAGAUUCAGAGAGCAGCGAUGAGGACGGGGAGACGGUGGGGCAUGAUGGCACUGUUGCUGUUAGCGACAUCCCCCGCAUCAUGCCAGCAGUGCAGAGCAGCAGUGAGUCGUAUGGAGGGCUGACAGAGGACUCUCUGGGAGAUGCCUAUAAUAGCUCCAAGGACGGCACUCUCGUGAUGAGAGAGGCAGAGGAGAGGAGGAGAGGUGGCCACACUGAGAGUAAUGGGUUCGGGAAUCACGGUAACCAUGGUAACCUCCCUGACCUGGUGCAGCAGAGCAACUCUCCCUCAGCCACACCCACCUCAGCCCUGCAGGAACUGGGCGACAUGACAGAGUUUGGCCUGGGCGGAUCCAAAGCGUCCUUCACCCCAUUUGUUGAUCCACGUGUCUAUCAAACCUCCCCAAGUGAAAACGACGAUGAGAACUCAGCAGCAGCCAUGUUUGCCAAUGAGCUGCUGAGGCAGGAGCAGGCCAGACUAAACGAAGCCAGAAAGAUCUCUGUGGUCAACGUCAACCCGACCAACAUCAGGCCCCACAGCGACACGCCAGAGAUCCGCAAAUACAAGAAACGCUUCAACUCCGAGAUCCUGUGUGCCGCUCUCUGGGGUGUGAACCUGCUGGUGGGGACAGAGAACGGGCUCAUGCUGCUUGACCGAAGUGGACAGGGAAAAGUCUAUAACCUGAUCACCAGACGACGCUUCCUGCAGAUGGAUGUGCUGGAGGGGCUCAAUGUGCUCGUCACCAUAUCUGGGAAAAAGAACAAGUUGCGUGUCUACUACUUGUCUUGGCUCAGGAACAGAAUAUUACACAACGACCCGGAAGUAGAGAAGAAGCAGGGCUGGAUUACAGUCGGGGACCUGGAGGGCUGUGUGCAUUAUAAAGUUGUAAAAUACGAGAGGAUUAAGUUCCUGGUGAUUGCUCUGAAGAACUCUGUGGAAAUCUAUGCCUGGGCUCCCAAACCCUACCACAAGUUCAUGGCCUUUAAGUCAUUCACUGAGCUGCAGCACCGUCCCCAGCUGGUCGACCUGACAGUGGAGGAAGGUCAGAGGCUAAAGGUCAUCUACGGCUCCAGCGUGGGCUUCCAUGUCAUCGACGUGGACUCAGGCAACCCUUACGACAUCUACAUCCCCUCGCAUUGUGCCAAACAGAUGAAGAUCCAGAGCCAGGUGACGCCCCAUGCCAUUGUGGUGCUGCCGAAGACGGAUGGAAUGGAGAUGCUGCUCUGUUACGAGGAUGAGGGCGUCUACGUCAACACCUACGGGCGAAUCACCAAGGACGUGGUGCUACAGUGGGGAGAGAUGCCUACCUCCGUUGCCUAUAUCCACUCUAAUCAGAUUAUGGGCUGGGGUGAGAAAGCCAUAGAGAUCCGCUCUGUGGAGACAGGUCAUCUGGAUGGAGUCUUUAUGCACAAGAGAGCCCAGAGACUCAAAUUCCUGUGUGAGCGGAACGACAAGGUAUUCUUCGCAUCGGUGCGUUCGGGAGGUAGCAGCCAAGUUUUCUUCAUGACCCUUAACAGAAGCUCCAUGAUGAACUGGUGAUGGCGCCUCCCACUGUCCACUCUGCCUCACUCUCCCACUGGCCUGCCCGGCGACCCACCUUUGCCCACGGCACAUCUCACAAAUGAACCAGAUCGACCGAGAGGCCAUAAGUGAACUCUUUUAACACUGGAGAGACUAAAACCGCGUAGAAACAAAAAAAAAACAAAAAAAAAAAAGUUAUCGUAGAGAAAAACAACAAAGACCUGUUCUAAAUGAAGAGACAUGUUACCCUAGAUUAUUUCGGGUCAUGCAGAAGCCAUCGUUACUCAACUGACUGGCAAACUGGUGCCACUGACUUUCCAAAUAUUCUCUUCCUCUGUCUCUGUAACUCUUUUCCCGCUCUGUCUGUGAAUUCUCUCCAAAUGGACCAGUGCAUUCAAGUGUUCGACAGCUGUAGAAAUACACUUUACACCCGCCUCCUUCUAUCUCUCUUGUCCCCACUCCUUAAUCCUCUGCUCCGUCCCUCCUUCCCCGUAGAUCUAGUCAUCACUUUCUCAAUCCUUUGACACCCAUGUCCUCCAUUUUCCUCACUUCCUAUCUGCCAUGUGUGGGCUCAUUCCCGGCGAACUUAACACCUCAGAGGUCGGAGGGAUAGAUGAAUGAGAUUUAAUAUAAAUUCAAAUAUAUACUUGUGAAUAUGACAGUGCAGUGGGGGCAGCUGCAGGAUGACAAAUCUACUCUGGGUGUCGGCAGUGAAAGCAGACAGCCUGAUUGAUUUUCUUUCUCCUCUGUCCCCUCCUCCUCUUCCUCCACUUCCUCCUCUCGUCAUCUUUUCAGGCCCUGAGCAAACUGAAUUGUGAUUUAGUGUUCGAUCGCGUCUCGCUGAUAGAGAUGGAGGCGAGACAAUUUGCUGUCAUGAACGGGUUGUCACAGUAUGCAAAGAUGAUGUCUGCGUCCCUUUAAAAUGAAAUCACUGGUCCAUCCUUUUUCCUUCUCUUUCCUUCCUCCUGUCACCCCCCACCACCACCAUCAUCAUCAUCAUCAACAUCACUCUCAUCUCCCUGUUUUCACUCUUUAAACUCUGAAGGUGCUGCAUCAGAUAUACUGUAAUAUUAAAUGAACAAUGAGAGCAUCAUUCUGUUCAUUCUUUUUAGUUCUCUUCUUUUCUUUUUCUGUGACUGAGUCAGUCAGUCUUUGAAGCGUGAUGAAAUGUACAGCACAUCUGUGUCUCUGAAAUCAGGAGCGUAUGUCGGUGUGUGCGUGAGUGUGUGCAUAUGUGUGUGUGUGACUUGAUGUUGAGUCCCGUUCAAAUCAAGGUUGAAUCAAAGUGGGACGCUGAAAUCAAUGGGUGAAAAAAACAGUCAAAUAAUUCAGUCUUUAUGCGUGAACUUUCACCCGGAUGCGAUCAAAGCAACAUUGAGUGUGUUUACAUGCAGGUUUAUGAUAAUAUCUUAGUCUGAAGUUUAUGAGUUGGUGUGUCUGAACGCCGAGCAUUUAAAGAUAGGCAAUAUUAGUGGUUGAUUUUCUUUUGGAGUGUUUUUCUGUUUCCUUUUAACGCAGUAGUAUUUUGGCUCGCCAUAAAUACAGCCAUGCUGCUGUAGGGGAAUUUAAAGGGGCUCAUCCUGACUACAACCUCAACAGCAUACGAGCCGCGAUCCCGAAUACUGUGCGCAUGUGAAAGCACUCACUGACGAAAGCUGUGGUGUUCCUUUUGAAUCAUGCUCCUCCCUGAUUGGUUCGUCUGAUUUUUGGCUCUUAACUGUUUGCACAGUGCCUAGCAUGAUGUAAGCAAAACAAGAAUGGAGGCCCAAAAGUUGUCGCUCACAAUAUAAAUGAUAAUUUUAUUGCCUAUAUGCUUAAUUUACACUGGAGGUUUUUUUGUGUGUGUUACUGUCUUAACUUUAACACAUUGCUGAUUCUUAUCUCUUCUAACAGAGAUGUACAUUAACAAAUUUAAAGGGUAAGUUCUGUAUUUUUCAAUCUGGACCCCUUUUUCCGUAUUUUUGUGUCUAAGUGACUAAUGGAGACAGCUGUUUUGGAAUUUGUCCAGUAUUGAGCGAGAGGGCUUCAGCCGCCAGUAGCGAAACAGCUUGCAAUGUAAUGUGAAGGGGCAAUCGUGCACUGUCAAUUAACAUCCACUAAAAAUUCUUGUUUUUGCCACUAAGAGGCUCAAAUUUUUAUUGUAAGGGUAUGACACCAUUAUGGAAAGUAUCCCUACAGAGAGAGAUCUUUUUUGUUGAAGAAUAAGAUCCUUGGGGUGCCCAGUAGCUCAAUGGGUAGAGCUGGUGUCCCAUAUACAAAGGCAAUGCCCUACCCGCAGUGGCCACAGGCACGAUCCCCCCCCCCCCCCCCAUACACAAUCUGCCCUGUCCAAUAAAGGCAUAAAAGCCCCCAAAAAAUCUUUUGAAAGAGAGUAAGAUCAUUUUUGUUUAACCAGAAACACUGGUAUCAUCAAACCAGACUCCAUUUAAAAAGACGCAAGUUCUAUCAUUGUAAAACACACUUCAUUCAGAGGCAAAAGAAGCAAACCUCUUUCCACUGUUCCAACAAGCACCAACUCUGGUUUGGUUGAAAUAAACCUUUAAUUCACCCAGUUAGAUGUUAAAAUAUGCUGGAUCUACACAUGCUAAAAUCGAUCGUUUUUUAAAUGCAGUCUGGUGAGUUUACCGAUAGUGAUUUUGACACUGUUUCUGGUUACACAAAAAGGAUGUUACUCUCAACAAAAGGGUCCAUCUAUUUAGGAAUCCUUUCUAUACGUUGUCAGACACUUGGAAUAACAAUCUGAGCCUGUCAGUGGCAAAAAGAAGUAGUUUAAGUGCCGUGAGUGGUUUCAUACUGAACCAAUCUCAGAAAUUGUUCCCAUCAGUCACUUGGGUCCAGGUUGAAAAGUACCAAAGUUACACUUUAAGAUUUAUUCUUUGAAAGGAGUAACUGAAUAUGAUAAAAACCAGUUCUUUCUAAACACAGUUCAAUCAUUAAUACAUACUGUAUUAAAUUUAUAACACUGUUUGAGGGUGGACUAGUUCAUGCAUACUCAUCCACAUUGGAGAGCACUGUAAUGCACAUUAGUCUUUUUUCUGGUGAAUAUACCGUCGGUUUGGGCGGCCAUGUUGGCCUAUGGUCAGGGGCGCACUGUUAGGAGAAUGUGGGAAAAGGGGCCCCCAGUGGCCGUUCAUAUUGGCACUAUAAACCCUCUUAAACCUCCAAUAAAGGCACUAUACAGUGCACUGCUGCUUUCCCCCCAGAAAACCCGAACUGGGGCCCCACCUAGCUACCGAAUGACCUUGAUACAUUUCUAUGCCUGGGGCCCCACAGAGUCUAGCCUAUGGUUAAUAAACGUAAGGUAGCACAAAAAACAGACUCAUUCCCCAAUGAUGUAAUGAUCAUUCCAAUCAAGUUCUUCUCUGUUAACUUAUUUUCUAAAAAGAUUCAGUUAUAUUUUCAAAGACUUUUUACACAUCCACACAGUAGCCAGCUGUACGUCAGGUUCACCGGUCUCUGUUAGGGAGAGCAAGCUAACGUCUUAGCAAUAAAGAGCCGAGCUGAAGAAAACCACUGUCUUCCCAACGUGUGUGUGCACGCAUGCAUCUGUGUGUAUGGUCAACGAGCAAGUGUGACUGGGGCAUUAUUGCUACGUUUGUCCAUCACAGAAUCCACUCUUCCCAUCGGAAAAGGCUGACGGUCAUUACACUGAGGACUCUCCUUUCAAAGACGAAACCACUGUAUUCUUUAUUCUGUUCAUUUUCUUGUUUUUCUUUAUUUUGAAAGAGCAUUACUAAUGUCCUGUUUUGGGAUUUAUUUGUUUUGUAAAAGAGAUGCUGUAAGAGAGAAAUAAAUGAAACUAGAGCAUUA